AAGAACAGAUUUUGUUGCACACACAACCAAGUGGUAAACCGUAACAGAACAGAAUGGGGAGAGAUAAAAAGAAGUAAAGAGAGAAAAGAAGUUAGGGUUGAAAGAAUGGGGAAGAAGAAGGUGGAGAUAAAGCGAAUUGAGAACAAAAGCGCUCGGCAGAUAACAUUCUCGAAGAGGCGCAAUGGAUUGAUGAAGAAAGCUCGCGAGUUGUCCGUUCUAUGCGAUGCGCAAGUGGCGGUGGUCAUCUUCUCCAGCACCGGGAAGCUCUUCGAACUGUGCACCGGUGAAAGGUAUCACCCCCACUUCGAAACAGCCGACUUAUUCAGCAAAGGAGACUCACCAAUCUUGCCCAGCAGAUCGUCCCUUACGACUGAUCUCCAGUAAUAACACUCUAUAUUAAAAUAUCUAAUCUACAAAACGAUACGUAAGCUAAAAAUAUUUUAUUCAAAACUUUGUUUACAAAGUGUGUAUCGAGUUUUCAUUUGAUAUUUUCCUUAUAUUGGUGUGCAUGUGUUAUACACAUAUCGAUAAAAAAAAUGUGAUA